GAGAGAGAAAGAGGCAGGCUGUGGCGGGAGCGUCUCGGGCGCGGGAUGUCUCUCGCGAUAAUUGGCGGGUGCUCCCGCGAGAGGUUAGGCUCGGAGAAGUCUCGCGAUGGCUGGUCGGGAGCAAGAUCCCUGUGGCAGAGAGCUAAAUAGCAAGCUGUUGCAAGCUCCAUAAAAUGCAGUCAUCAUUUCUUUCCCGGACAGCCUGCUUCUUGUCUUCUCCUUUCCACGUUGCCACUGUUUCACCUUCGAUUCUUGUGCAAAUCUGUUAGCCAUGGAAGCUGAAGAGACGAUGGAAUGCAUUCAGGAGUUUCCAGAACAUUACAAAGUAAUCUUGGACAGAUUGAAUGAACAACGGGAGCAAGAUCAGUUCACAGACAUCACUCUGAUUGUGGAUGGUCACCAUUUUAAAGCUCAUAAAGCAGUUCUUGCUGCCUGCAGCCAGUUUUUCUACAAAUUCUUCCAAGAUUUCACUCAGGAGCCUCUAGUAGAGAUAGAAGGUGUAAGUAACAUGGCAUUUCGUCACUUAAUUGAGUUCACAUACACAGCCAAAUUAAUGGUCCAGGGGGAAGAGGAAGCAAAUGAUGUCUGGAAAGCAGCUGAAUAUCUUCAGAUGUUGGAAGCUAUUAAAGCACUUGAAAUCAGGAACAAAGAAAACUCAUUGCCACAUGAAUCAAAUCAGACACAAGAUAUAAGUAAAGCCAAAAAGAGGAAGAUAGCGGAGACCUCCAACGUCAUUACAGAAACAUUGCCAUGUGCAGAAUCUGAGCCUGUCAAAAUUGAGGUAGAGAUUUCUGAGGGGGCUAUUGACGUGGAAGAAAACAACAUUGAGGCACUUGAGGAGGUAGCUUCUGCUGAACAAUCUAUAAAGUAUAUACAGACCACGGGUACAUCAGAUGAGUCUGCUUUGGCUCUUCUGGCAGAUAUAACAAGCAAGUUUCGCCAUGGGGAGAGGAACAGUGAAAUUAAAGACGAAUGUGACAAUAUAUCUGAUCCAGCGGGCAAACAGGUGGAAGGCAUUGAGAUCAUGGAACUUCAGCUCUCACAUGUCAACAACCUUUUCCACUGUGAAAAGUGCAACCGGACAUUUAAACUGUUUUACCAUUUUAAGGAACAUAUGAAAACGCACUCCACAGAAAGUUACAAGUGUGACCUUUGCAACAAAAGGUACUUGCGUGAGAGUGCGUUGAAACAGCACCUUACCUGUUACCACCUUGAUGAAGGUGGUGCUAACAAAAAACAAAGACCUGGCAAAAAAAUACAUGUCUGCCAGUACUGUGAUAAACAGUUUGACCAUUUUGGACAUUUUAAAGAACAUCUUCGAAAGCACACAGGUGAAAAACCAUUUGAGUGUCCAAACUGCCAUGAGUGUUUUGCCCGGAACAGCACACUCAAAUGUCACCUGACAGCAUGCCAGUCAGGGGCUGGUGCUAAAAAGGGACGGAAGAAACUUUAUGAAUGUCAGGUCUGCAACAGUGUAUUUAACAGCUGGGAUCAGUUCAAGGAUCACUUGGUAAUACAUACUGGUGACAAACCCAACCACUGUACCUUAUGUGAUGUGUGGUUUAUGCAAGGCAGUGAACUACGGAGGCACCUGCAAGAAAUCCACAACAUUUCAGAACGGAUAGUAACUGAGGACAUCCUUCCAGUGGACAGUGACUCCGUUGCAUCCAUGACUAUCAUAGAGCAGGUGGAACAAGUCCAUGUGUUGCCUGUAAUUCAGGUCCAGGUGGAUCCAGCCCAAGUAACUGUUGAGCAAGUGCAUCCAGAUUUAAUACCGAAUAAUCAAGUAAAAAGUGAGCAAAUAGCAGAGCUACAAGAGCAGGUAGAGAUUAGCUACUUAGAAGUGGAGCACAUUCAAACAGAACAAGGCACUGAAGUCCACAUGGAGGAGUUAGAUGUGGAGCAUGUGAAUCAGUUACAAAUGGAAGAGGUUCAGGCACAGCUUAUAGAAGAAACUGAUCUAGAACAAGUACAAUCAGGAUACAGGGAACAAGGUGAUCUAGAAGCCAAUGGACCUGCUCAAGUGGAUGAGUUGGAGGCACACACAGCAGAUCAUGAAGAAUCUGAUGAAUUAAAAACUCAGCCAGUAGUGAAUAUGCAAGAGGAAAAUGUGGAGACCUAGGAAAUUGUGACUGCAUUACUCGUCUUGGGGUGGGGGGGGGGAUGUAAUACCAAAUUAUUUUUGUUAAUUUUGUUUGACAUUUGCACCACCAGUGGAUGGCUCCUUUGUAUUGAUGCCCUUAAGGAACUGGACAGGUGGACCAAAGUUAGGCUAUUUGAUUAAACUGCCCUUGUGCUUCUGGGAAAAAAGGAUCCCCCCUUUUGGUUAAAUGAAAUACAACACCACAGUACUAAAACUUUCCUAGAGAUGGACAGCUUUGUGUGAAGUUUUAAUUGUCAAGUUCUGCAAGACUACUGCUAGGUUGUAUUGUUUGUCAUAGUGAGGGACUUCUGAAGUAAGUUCUGUUUUAAGAUUAUGAGUUUAAUGCUUAAAAUAGUAAAGUCCCAACAUUCAUAUGGAUUACCUAAGAACAAUUGGGUGAUCUGCUUCGACGGGUAAUUCCUGGCCCCUUUAAUAUUUUGCAGUAAGCUGCAGGCUCCUUGUGUUUAUGUUCUUAACUUUAACCACUGUCUCCUCAGCCUAGAAAUUGAUUGGGAUGGAGGCAGACUGUACCAAGGUUUCUUAAAAUAAAAAAGACCCCUUGUGCCUUCUCAUAACUAAGUAUUUAAACUUCCACAAAGCUUUUAGGUUGUUGACAAAGCUAAUGCAAAAGAGACAAUGUAGAUAUUGCUAUGUAGUGCUUUGUAAUUUAGCUUACAACUGUUAGUUGCCAGGUUUUUAUUUUUUGUUUGUUUUGUUUAUGUUUUGCAUUAAUAUAAAUGUAGAUGGGGGAAAGGAAGUAGAUUCAACACUGGCAGUUUUUUUAAAGGGCCAAUUACAAUAGGAAAAUUCAGCUACAUCUGCAACAAAGUAUGAGAUGGCUGAAUGGUUGCACUGGCAUCUUAUCACCAGAUUUUUAUUUUUAGAAAAAAAAGUACAUUUUAUAUUUAAAAACAAAUCUUAAUAAAAAAUUCAAAGUAAUUGUGUCUAUUCAAUGCAUCAGGCUACUGUUUUAUUAUUUAAAGGUUUUUUUGACCCUUUACAAAAGAUCUUGUGCUUGAAAGAUUGAAAAAAAAAAUCAAAAGCCAUAAGUAUGAAUGUUUUAACUGUGGAUUUAUAAAAGUAGGAGUGUAAAUAUUUUAAAUCAGUAUUAUUGAACAAUAAAACAGUACCAACCACA